AAGGAAGAAUGGAGUUCCCAGACCAUAGCCGGCAGUUACUGCAGUGUCUGAGUCAGCAGCGUCACCAGGGCUUCCUGUGUGACUGUACUGUUUUAGUUGGAGACGCUCAGUUCCGAGCCCACAGAGCUGUUCUCGCUUCUUGCAGCAUGUACUUCCAUCUUUUCUACAGGGACCAGCUAGACAAAAGGGACAUUGUGCAUCUGAACAGUGACAUUGUGACAGCCCCAGCCUUUGGCUUGCUGCUUGAAUUCAUGUACGAAGGCAAACUGGAGUUCAACAGCCUCCCGGUUGAAGAUGUGCUGGCUGCAGCCAGCUACCUUCACAUGUACGACAUUGUGAAAGUCUGCAAGGGCAAGCUGAAAGAUAAGGAGUUGUGCGGGGAUGAAAAGAUGAACGGCAGUGGGAUCCCUUUGGAAAGGGACAUGCGGGUCCUUGAUGAAGGAGUGCCCUUGGGGUAUGAGCUCAGCCCCGGGAAUAAACAAAAAUUGGUUUGUACAGAAUAUGAAAGAUCAGCUGGAAAAGAAAAAGACAGUGGCUAUCUGGGUUGGUCCUCUGAUCUCGUAAGUAUCAACUCUUCAUUAGCAGAAGCAGAAUUGGACACCGUGGCAGCUGAGAAAACAAGAGCUAAUGCCUGUAGUUCAGUGGGACCUUUGUCCCAAAGAUCUCUUAACCACUCCUUGGCUUCAUCUGGCAUAGAAUGCGCUUUAGACCUGUCUUUUAAGUCUGUGGCUGGGAAGGAUUCCUUCCACCCCUCCUAUGUCUUUGAACAGCUAGCUUCCAACGGUCAGCAGCAGACUGGCAAGCCCCUGAUUAAGGAUGAGCCAGAGUCUUUGUCAGAUGGAGAAGAUAGUGAGGCAAGGUGCCUAAAAAAUCAGCAUUUGAGGAAUUCUGCCAAGAGCCUGAUGACAGGAUUGGGAAAUGUGUUUGCAGGGAAUGGCAAUUCCCAAGAGCCAGAGGAAGACUUAGAUCACGAGCGAGAGGUGAGUGAAGACGACAUGGAUUCCUCUGACAUCCCGUCCUUGGGGGUCUUGGUGCCUCCAGGUCACAUCUGCAUUUGCCCACUGUGCAGCAAAGUCUUUCCUAGCCCACAUGUCCUCCAGCUGCAUCUCAGCUCUCAUUUCCGUGAUAAGGAUGUUUCAAGAACCAGGCUUUCCCCUGAUGGUUCAGUGCCUACUUGUACACUUUGCGGCAAGACUUUCUCCUGUAUGUACACCUUGAAAAGACAUGAGAGGACUCACUCGGGUGAGAAACCAUACACCUGUGGUCAGUGUGGGAAGAGCUUCCAGUAUUCUCACAACCUGAGCCGCCAUGCAGUGGUGCACACGAGGGAGAAGCCCCACGGCUGCAAGUGGUGCGAGAGACGAUUCACUCAGUCAGGCGAUUUAUACAGACACAUCCGUAAAUUUCACUGUGGCCUUGUAAAGUCACUGGUGGUUUGAGAGACGUUGCCAAAAGGCACCAUUUACUGGAUUUCUUUACUCUGUUGAUUCACUUCAGGCAAAUU